GAGAGGCUGACGCGCCGGCCCGCGACCCGCGUCCCCCAUGGUGGGGUUUGGGGCCAACCGGAGGGGUGGCCGCCUCCCGUCGUUCCUCUUCGCGGCCCUGCUGCUGGCCGUCGCCAUCCUCGCCUUCAACUACUGGAGCACGUCCUCCCGGCAGACGGUCCUGCAGGAGGAGGUGGCCGAGCUGCAGGGCCAGGCCAAGCGCAGCGAUGUGGCCCGGGGGCGCCUGGAGAAGCGGAACUCCGAGCUCCUGCUCCAGGUGGAGUCGCACAAGAAGCACCUGGAGCAGAAGGAGGCGGACCACAGCCACCUGAGCAGCCAGCUGCAGGCCAAGGACGGCCAGAUCCGGAAGUGCGAGGAGGGCAAGGUCAAACUUCAGAACAACAUAUCAUACCAAAUGGCAGACAUACAUCGCUUAAAAGAACAACUUGCAGAGUUGCGUCAAGAGUUCAUUCGUCAGGAGGAUCAGCUACAUGAAUACAAGAAGAACAAUACCCAGCUUCUUAAAAGGUUGGAGUAUGAAAGUUUUCAGUGCGGACAACAGAUCAAGGAAUUGAGAAUGCAGCAUGAGGAAGAUAUGAAGAAGUUGGAGGACCAAAUUAUACAAGACCAAAAGAUGGCUCACAAGAGCCAGUCCAGUAAAGAUACUGAGGCAGGUCAGAGCAAUAAUCCAACAAUAUUGAAGAUCACUCAAGAUAUGGAUGAAAGCAACAUAAUUAAGAAUGAAGCACCUUCAGCCAACAAUAUCUCAGAUGGCAAAGAGAAAAGUAAACCAGGGGACGAUGCAGGCAUGCCUGGAAUAGAAGAAAACGACCCUGCGAAAGCCGAAGACACUCUUGCUGCUUUAAAGAAGACACUCGAUUCAUCUCCUCAAAAUCUGUAUCAACCCAACGGAAAUCUUCCCACAGAAAAACCCCAGGCUCUAAACCUUGCUCAAGGCAUCAAUAUGAACCAGGAUGGAAAUGAUGCGAUGAAUCAGAUACCAUCAAACCCUCUUCAGCAUUUAAUUCCUGGUCAUGUCCUGGGUAAUCAAAAAGCUGAAGUAGAAGUUGUAAAACGGGCUUCAAAAGACAGAGCCAGUGACUUCCAGAGAUUGAAGCAAAGCCGGUUCUUUGAUGAAAAUGAAUCCCCUGUUGAUCCGCAACAUGGCUCUAAACUGGCGGAUUAUAAUGGGGAUGAUGGGAACGUGGGUGAGUAUGAGGCAGACAAGCAGGCUGAGCUGGCCUACAAUGAGGAAGAAGAUGGUGAUGGUGGUGAAGAAGACGUCCAAGAUUCAUUCUCAACUCUGGUGUUCUAGUUUUUUAUUUGAAAUCCUGCCAACUUCCUGGCCUGGGAGCAAGUGACAGAAUUUUGCGUGACGCAUGGAAGCAGUUUGCCGGCAGCUAUAGAAUGGAGAGCUGCCAGCAUCCUUCAGAGAUAGGGAAACCCACGUUUUCCUCUUAAGGCAAAUGGUAGGAAUGACACACCCCCAGGGACAGCACUAGAUUAGGUUAUGCUAAAUCACAUUCCCAGAUUCACAGGUUACUAAGACCUAAUUGUGAUUUGAGAAGCAGCUGUGAAAAUACAAUCUUGGGAGUCUUUCAAUGCAUUCCUAUCUGAACCACUGGAUUUUUUAUGAGUGUUGAGUGAUAGCAAAGUUCAAUUUAAACCUGAGUGCUGCUUCGUAAAAUGUUGAGUACUUAGUGUGCAACGGAUGAUUGUGCGGUUCAUUUUAUCCACUUCGUUCCUACAAACAGCAUUCUUCCAUUGAUGGAUUGUGUGCGAUUGUGGUAAAGUUGCUUCUGAUUGGACUUGGUGCUGCUGUCUGAGUCUAGCAGCAGGGUUUUUAAUGAGGUCUCUGUGUAAUAGAUGACCUGAGAUACGGUUAUGGUCCCAUUAAUUCUAGUCAGUACAGAGCCUCCAUUUAGCUGAAGAGCAGGUGCUCAGCCUCACAAGGCAAAAGGGGAAUAAACCCCAUAGCUUGGGUUCACAGAGCCUUCUGAAUUUAGAAAUGGAACACCUUGAAUUUGAAUUCUGUUUAAAAUACAGGAUAGGUACUACACACAAAAAUAUACAGACGAGAAGGGAAACAUUACUGCAUAAUAAGGGAGGAGCAGUGUUUCUCAGAAGACAUUCUGACCUCUGAAACAAGUGUGUUAAGUAAAAUUUUCCGCUCACAGCAAAAAUUCUGGAAAUGCACUCUUCAGUAUGCCCUCCCUCCACCAUACUCUCAGUUUACAUGGACAGGUGAUGAAUAGUAUGUUCUUGAUGCAUGAUUUGGUUUCUGAGAACUUGCUUCUAAGGACUUGAUUUUGGCAUGCCUCUUUGAUUGCAGAUGAUGAGGAGAGAGAGCUUCAGAUGGAUCUUGCAGGCUACGGGAAGGCACGCUUCAAUGAUGUACUUUGAAUUCUGCAUUUCCUUUGGCUGAGAGAUCAGCAACAAGAAAAAAACUGAUCCCAUUUUCCUGUAUUUACUGUAAAAGACACAGAGGAGUGACUGCAGACCACACAAAACCCAUAGCUAACAUUAAAUGGUGGAAGGAAAAGGUAAAAUAUGUAUAUAAUUGGUUCUGAUAUUUGCAAAAAGAAGUGUGGUGGUAGAUUGUUCUUUUACAAGAUUUUUAACAGCUCAAACCUUUGUAGAGUUAGGUACACUUAACUCUUUAUUAGAUUGGGCUGUAAGACUAUUCUUUAUCUUUGACUUAAUAACUGACAUUGUAAAAUAACUUAGGUUGCCGCAUUUCUGAAAUGAAGACACUUUGUAAAAAGAACUUGUACAGUUUGUAUGUACAUUUAUUAAUUACUCCAUGCUAGCACAUUCUUUUAUCUUGCCAUUCUGGCUUGUAUUUUACAGGUAACAUUUCAUUUUAAGAAAGUUGACUGAAAAUGUGAUAAAUGUGUUUAUGAAGGUUCUUUCCUUAAUAGCAUAACUAAGGAAGGUCUGUGACAGUGAAACGUAGUACAUGAAACCGAUAUGAGACAAUAUAGUUAAAUUUAGGAGAGUGACUAAAGCUAUCCGUAAUGGGAAUCUGACAAGAGCAUUGUCUCAUUUUAUAGGAUAUUUACCAGUUUAAAUCAGCAAACUCUACAACCAGUAUUUCUAGCACACAGGAGCUAGAAAAAAGCUAUUUUAUUAUUUACCUAUGUUUUUACAGCAGUGGUCUUGCUCAUAUGCAGUAAUAGAUGAGUCUAUUGGAAAGUAGCUAAAAGUACAAUCUUGACAGUUGCUAAAUUCCUUCCUGUUUGAACCCUGGGUGUGUGGAGAGAAUCAGAUGAUACUCAUUCUUGUGUCAACUUCAGUGCUGCAGUAUGGAUGACUCAAAAGCUCGGGUAUGUUCUAUGUUCUUGUGGUUUUGUGUGUGUAAGCUCAAGGUGUCUGUUUUUGUGUAAAGCACUUUCUGAUGUUUACAGAAAUGGUUAUGCCCAUUUAUACCCUGGCAGUGAUGAUUUAUUAACCCUAAUCAGUUAUCAACAAGGGCUACUGUGAAUAGCAUUUCUAAGUCCUAUAUGACAGGGUUGAUUGUACUUCACUAUUUCUGUACUCAGGUUAAAGUUCAGUUUGGUAAGUACAUUUAUGGUAAUUUAAUGGAUGACUUGCAUUGAAUAAAAAGAUAUCUGUUUAAGAUUGCCAUCUGAAAAGUGUUGUAAUCAGAAGUUUAUGAUUCAAAACUUUUUAAGGGCACUUCUCAAGCAGCCGUGCAACAACUUGGGAGUCCUCCAGGGGUGACCAUUCUUCCUGCAGCUUCAUUUCCAAGUUGUAUCUUAACUGGGUUUUACACACAGAUUCAAGGCUGAACCUGUUUAGAGGUAGUUUCCCAACCCUCCAUGACCAUCAGUCGCAAUGUUGUACUCUGUGAUUUGACCAAAAUGUGUGUGCCCCAAUUUAGGUGUGAUUUUAUCAAGAUUCUGCUGUUGAAACCGAACAUCUAAUAGAUUCUAAUAAAGCUUAAUACAGUUUUAA